AUGCAAGCUCUGAAUAAACGACUCUCUCGAGCUCUUCUCUACUACUCCGCUUCGAUUCGAUCGGUAAAUGGUUAUGAUAAUUCGCUUUUCUCACAGAGAACUAUCACCACUUCCAGCCGCCAAUCAAUAUGCCAGCCGCCGGUUUAUGAAUUUUUCGCUUCACCUUGGUCGGCAACCCAGCUCCGCAGUGCUAGAUUCUCCGGCGCUGAUGUGAGACCGGGAAAUGUCAUUGAAAGGAGAGGAAAGAUUUAUCAGGUUGUAAAAGCACAGCACACAACCCAAGGUAGAGGAGGGGCAAUAAUACAGGUGGAGCUCCGGGAUAUUGAUAGUGGAAACAAAUUAAAUGAAAGGCUGCGAACCGACGAAACAGUUGAGAAAGUGUAUGUCAAAGAGAAGUCUCUAACGUACCUCUACACUGACGAUGAAACUGGAAAUGUUGUGCUAAUGGACUCUGAAACAUACAGUCAGCUGGAUGUACCAAAACCCUUAUUUGGUGAAUCUGUUGUCUAUCUUCAAGAUGAUAUGAAAGUGACUGUGCAGCUCUAUGAUGAAAGACCAAUGUCUGCAUCAGUUCCACAACGAGUGACUUGUACUGUAACGGAAGCAGCUGAGCCUAUAAAGGGAAUUGGAGCGACUCCUCAUUAUAAAAAGGUUUUGUUGGACAAUGGUCUCACAAUCCAGCCUCGUCAUUGUUGUGCUCUUUUCAUCUCGAAGAGAUACUUGCAAAAUUUGCACCUGCUCAUAUUUUAUCAGGAGAUAAGAUACUUGUCAAUACCACUGACAACUCUUACAUUAGCAAGGCUUGAGAGGAAUUUUCCAAAGUGUCCAGCUGGAUCGGCUGCAAGGCAUAGAUAA